AUGUACCAUCGACGAGGCCAGAAACGGCACCGCUUGAAUGAACCUCCAGGCCCGUUUAGUGACCCCUCCCGUGUCGAGAAGCCCGGACGGAUUCGCCAUAGACAGGGUGAAGAAAAUGAGCAGGAGCAGGAUGAAGACCAAAGCCUUUGGGAUGACCGUUCCAUGUUCGCUAUUGAUAUGCCGAACAUUGCGUUACUCCCGCUCCCUGACGAACAGCCUACCUGGGACAAUGACUACAUGGCAUCAGCGCUCGAUAUUUCCACUUGGCUACCACCGACGCCGAGUUUUCUCUCGGAUGACCAACUCAUAAACGAUUUCGAUACUGCGGCACGAGACUGGUUGCAGCAAGUGUUGUAUCCAGAUAUACCCUCCCUAGAAGACCGCUUUAUUAACCUCUCCCUCGAGAACCCCUACUCAGACAAUGCAACAUCCCGACAUGAGACUCUGCGUAAGCAAAUACUCACGCCGGAGGACGGCAGCGUCAACGGGUACAUCAAGUUCCGCAUUCGAAAUGCUGAUUUGGAUGAGAGCUGUGUUAAAACAGCAAAGAGGAGCUUUGGGGCGAGCUGUAUGGGAGUGCAUCAUCGAAACACCUCCGAAGCUAAUUCCCUGUUCAACAAUAUCCCCUAUUUGCCUCCGAACUUUGCCAGCGGCGUAAAAUUGGACGCAGUCGAUGGGAAACUUCUUAAAUUCUAUUUAGUCGCCUACUGCCAAGGUCGGACGCUUCUGUCACAAACGAAUUUCUGGCUCACGGAGAUUGCAUCGAUGAUCGCAGCUGAGGAUGCCGUUAAGCACGCUAUUCUCGCUCUAGUGGGAGGCUAUGUACUUGAUUAUGUGCAUAAGGAUGAUCUGCGAAAGCGAACAAAUGCCCAUUAUCGCAAGGCAUCAGAAUUGAUCACAGCAGGUCUCUCUACGCCGGAAAUACAUGCUGUUUCAAAAUCAGACGGCAUUGUCGCAGCCAUAUUGUUGCUACUUGUUGAUGAUUGCGUUAACUGGGAGCUCCGGAAACCUAAAGGUAAAACCCCAAACUGGUAUAAUGGGGCGCACCUGGCCAAGGCCAUCCUCGAUCAUUCCGACCCCGGUUACCGCUACUGGAAGGCUACUAAUGUUCAGUGUGAUAAAGCCUGGCUUGCCAAUGCCAACUGGGCCUCGCUGGCAUGUGUUCUUGCGGAACCCGUUACACCCCUCCAGCUACGAGAAAACGAUCGCCAUUUUGGAUGGUUGCUGGAGGGCACCGAAAAGGAGGUUCGCACCAUUCAUGGAGGCACUGGGCUCUCACCAAAACUACUACACAUUUUUGCCCAGAUAACGCAUUUAUCUGCGAGAAUGAUGAAAAACUCUCAGUCAGUCGUUACGCCAAUUGGCGCGUUAAAAAUCGAGGAAAUGUUGCAUAACUUCCGUCAGAGGUCUGAGCUUUCAGAAGGAUAUGCUACCACAGCUGCACUCCUUGAAUCCUGUGUCCUCGACGCUGAUGGGAAGGUAUAUACUGCAACUAAAGUCACCGAGUUGACUGGUGAGACGUGGGUUUGCGCGGCAAAAAUAUAUUUACACUGUCGCUUCUUCAGGAAACCGCGUUGCCACCCUGAUGUUCGCGCGGCACUGAAGAUUCUUAUGACAUGUGUGCAGCGAAUGCCCUACAACGGGGUACUCUUCACCUCCCAGGCUCCGUUCUUCUGCAUUUUUAUCAUGUCACUAGUUUCAUACCAGCAAGAUGACCGAGAUGUAGCAAGAAAUUGGUUCGAGACGGUUCUUUUAGCUGCCAGCUGUCGAUCGAGCGUACCACCAGUCUGGGAAGCUGUCCAGGCAUUGUGGAAGUGGAUGGACACAGAACUUGUGGACGAAGAAAAUUUUGAUAAUACUAUCGCUAUUGGAGAGAGGAGGGCGUGGUGGGAGGAUAUGGUAACGUAUCUUCUCGAGAAGGUAGGAGCAUAUAAAGCCUUCGUCCCCGCCGCCUCUGGGAUCUUUUCAAACAUGCAGUCUUCCUUGAAAUUAGGAGAUGUUCUCGACAUCGGGGGCAGCGGACUCGGGGACAGUCUCAAGUUGAAGCUGAAAGAAGAGUUUAUUUCGAGUGACGGAGAAUCGACACGUUCCUUUCCCACGGAGCUUUUCUACUUCGGAUUGGGGCUCCAGCUCUGGAACCAGGUCUGCUGGCUCGCGGAUUACCACCAAACUCGAGACGAGAUCAGUCUCUUGGAGCACCACGGCGCUUCCAUCUGCAGAGAGAUACCUCCGGGGUGUACCAUUGUAGACAUGGGUUCUGGAGACAUCCGGAAGCCUGCUUGCCUCUUGCAACAGUUAGAGUCGCUCAAGAUCUCCGUUUCGUACUUUGCCCUUGACAUCAGUCGAGACGCAUUGGAGGGGAGCAUGUCGCAUCUAGCCAAUAAAUACCAGCACGUUCAAUGCUACGGGCUCUGGGGCACCUUUGAAGAUGGGCGCCAGUGGCUUCGAUCGGUGAAUACGCCAAAAUGCAUCCUUUCAAUGGGUUCCAUGUUUGGAAACGACACUUUCGAUCUCGCCGUGGAACGUAUGCAACCGUGGCGAGAGGUCCUGGGACCUGAAGAUCUGAUGCUAAUUGGGAUGGAUGCGCGAGGAGGGCGCGAGGAGCUGGAAAGGAUGUACCACGACAAAGGUGGUGUCUGGGAGAGCUUCAUCCGCAAUGGAUUCAGGGAGUCCAACGAGCUUCUUGGGGAGCCUUGGUACAGGACGGAAGAUUGGGUGUUGAACGGAGUUAUCAGGGACGACCCUCCACAUCACAAAUUUAGUCUCCUUGCGACUAGGGAUGUGGAUUGUCCAGCUCUCGGCCUACACGUCGGUAAAGGCGAGGUUAUCGAGUUUUUUGAGUCUUGGAAAUAUGGGCCUGACAUCAUGAAGCUGCAGUUUGAGAAGAGUGGGAUGAUGCUAAAGGGUUGGUGGGCAUCUCCUCUGGGUGAAUUUUACCAGUAUCUUGUCUCGUUUGUUUGAUAUUCUUUUGUUGAUCAUGCUGUUUGUAACCAAAGUACUGUCGAGGUAGAAGAUGAGACAGUGCAAACGGAUAUUGUUUGGUAGUGGGUUUCCGAUAGUUAUUGACUUGGUAUCGUUCUUAAAUUAGUUUUCUUUUUAAUUAUGAGAUUGUUUUGCAUCCUUGAGUCUUGUGAAUUUGAUAUGGCGCUUGUGAUGCUAGCAAAGACCACAGAGCGUUGUUGUGUCGUCCAAUUUUUAAAGCUGGUGUUGUUAAAUAUUCAGCCUCCUUUUUUAAAUAUUCCAAGGCCAGCUAUGUAGUUACAAUACAUGUUACCACACGUUUACGCUGUAACAGAGAACUCCUGCAAGGCGUUUUUGGAAAUAAAACUAAAUGACGAAAUUUAC